GAGUCAUGCAUUGUACCUCAUAAUAAUGAUACCAGCAGUCUGGGCUGUCUACUUUGAACCGACACGCUUUACGCGGUUUGCUGUGCGAUGCUUCACGUAUGUCACUCAGUGUCUUUAUUCUCAUCUUGAGCUUUCAGCGAUAUAACGGCAGAGCAGAGGAGCGGAGCCAGCUGUCUGGGGCUGCGGGAUCUGUCCUACAUCUCGCCUUAUGAUGAUCGCUGCGGCGUUUUUGGUCCUGUUAAGGCCGUACAGUAUUCAAUGUGUGCUGCUAUUAUUGCUGCUUUUGCUCGGGACUAUUGCGACAAUUUUGUUUUUCUGCUGCUGGCAUCGGAGGCUUCGUAAUGGAAAACAUCCAAUAAAAUCUGUGCUCUCCGGACGCUCCAAGAGCCGCGUUGGCCUCCGAACGCACCAUUUUCGAUCAGAGGGGUUCAGGCACAGUCCACGUCACGCCAGAAGGAGCAUACAUGCUCGAGUGACAGAGGAAAAACCCAAUCUGGUCGAGGUUCCUGAGAGUGAACCUGAUUCAUCAUCCACUCUAAGAAAACGCAAAGUGAAGAAGAGAGUCCUACCAGAAUUUUACCAGUCUGUUCAAGUCACCCCCACACGCAAGCCUAGCUCCAGUUCGGGAAACCCUUCCCUGCACUGCUCCAUGUCUUCCUCGGCGGAUUUCUCAGACGAGGAUGAUUACAGUGUUAAAUCCGGGUCGGCAUCACCGGCUCCCGGCGACACUUUACCCUGGAACCUGCCCAGACACGAGCGAUCAAAGAGGAAAAUCCAGGGAGGAUCCGUGUUGGAUCCGGCGGAGAGAGCCGUGCUCAGGAUCGCAGAUGAAAGAGACAGAGUGCAGAAGAAGACAUUUACAAAAUGGAUAAACCAGCAUCUGCUGAAGGUACGGAAGCAUAUAAAUGACCUUUAUGAAGACUUACGAGAUGGACAUAACCUGAUCUCACUACUGGAGGUUUUGUCUGGAGACACAUUGCCAAGGGAGCGUGAUUUUCUGAAGACAUUGCGGUUGGUGAGUGGGACAGAAGCAUGUGCAGUUGAGCAGCAUGGAGACACGGUGGAUGAUGAUAAGGGGCCUCGGGAGAGAGGGAGGAUGCGCUUCCACAGACUCCAGAAUGUACAAAUAGCGCUGGAUUAUUUGAAGAGGCGGCAGGUCAAACUUGUAAAUAUCAGGAAUGACGACAUCACAGACGGUAACCCAAAACUGACCCUGGGAUUGAUCUGGACCAUAAUUCUGCACUUUCAGAUCUCGGAGAUCCACGUGACAGGGGAGUCCGAGGACAUGACGGCCAAGGAGAGGCUGCUGCUCUGGUCCAAACAGAUAACAGAUGGCUAUGUAGGUGUACGAUGUGAAAACUUCACAACCUCCUGGAGGGAUGGGAGGCUAUUUAAUGCCAUCAUUCAUAAAUACAGGCCAGAUCUGGUUGACAUGAGCCGUGUGUCGGCACAGACCAACCGCUCAAAUUUAGAGCAAGCUUUUUGUGUAGCUGAACAGUUGGGGGUGGCCAGACUGCUGGACCCCGAGGAUGUGGAUGUUCAGUCUCCUGACGAAAAAUCAGUCAUAACAUAUGUCUCAACACUGUAUGAUGCCUUCCCUAAAGUACCUGAUGGUGUCGAUGGAAUCAGUCCUAAUGAUGUGGAUAUCAAAUGGGUGGAGUACCAGAACAUGAUCAAAUACCUCAGCCAGUGGAUCAAACACAAUGUGGCCAUAAUGUCAGAUAGAUCAUUCCCCAACAACCCUGUGGAACUCAAGGCACUUUAUACACAAUAUCUGCAGUUUAAAGAACAUGAAAUCCCGCUGAAAGAGAACGAGAAGACAAAAAUCAAAAAUCUCUACAAAAUGCUUGAGAUGUGGAUCGAGUUUGGACGUAUUCAGUUACCCCAGGGCCAUCACCCCAACGACGUGGAGAAGGAAUGGGGUAAAUUAAUUGUUGCGAUGCUUGAAAGAGAGAAGAGCCUGAGGCCUGAGGUGGAAAGGCUUGAGAUGUUACAGCAGAUUGCCAACAGGGUUCAGAGGGACUGUGUUAACGGAGAGGACAAGCUGGCAUUGGCACGAACUGCCCUACAGUCUGAUGCAAAACGUCUUGAGUCUGGAAUUCAGUUCCUACAUGAAGCUGAGAUUGCUGGCUACUUGUUAGAGUGUGAGAAUAUCCUCAGACAACAAGUGGUGGACAUCCAAAUUCUCCUGGAUGGGAAAUUCCCCUUUGCAGAUCAACUAGUUCAAAGGGUAUCAAAACUGCGGGAUGACCUUCUAACCCUCAGAGCUGAGUGUUCCUCUGUGUACAGCAAAGGCCGAACCCUGACAACAGAACAAACCAAAAUGAUGAUCUCAGGCAUCACACAAAGCCUGAACUCUGGCUUCUCCCAGAACAUCAGCACAAACCUGACACCAGCCCUCACUCCUGCACUCACCCCAGGGGGGUUAGGUACCCCUGGAUCCACAUUCACCUCUAGCCUUACACCGUGCCUCACCCCGUCCUUGACCCCUGCCUUGACGCCCGGCAUGCAGCCCACCUCAGUCCAGAGCUACAUGGGGAGUGGUGGCGGCAUGGACCCAGGCAGCCUCAGGCAUUUGAAACACAUGCAGAUCCGCAAGCCCUUACUGAAAUCCUCCCUGGCAGACCCCAACAUGACAGAAGAGGAGGUCAACAUGAAAUAUGUUCAGGACCUCUUGAACUGGGUGGAGGAGAUGCAGAUGCAGUUGGACCGUUCAGAGUGGGGAUCAGAUUUGCCAAGUGUGGAAAUGCAUUUAGAGAAUCACAAAAGUGUACACAGAGCCAUUGAAGAAUUUCAAAUGAGUCUUAAAGAUGCCAAACUGAGUGAAAUUCAGAUGACCAUUCCCCUAAAACUAACUUAUUCAGACAAACUGAACAAACUGGAAAAGCAGUAUGAAAGGCUAUUGAGCUGUUCAAGAGAACGACAAAGCCACCUGGAAAGCCUGAAUGACUUUGUGUCACAGGCGACUCAGGAGCUCAUCUGGCUGAACGAGAAGGAGGAAGAGGAGGUUGCAUUUGACUGGAGUGAUCGCAACAGCAACAUCUCCAAGAAAAGAGACUACCACGCGGACCUGAUGAGGGAGCUGGAUGAAAAGGAGGAAGCGAUCAAGUCCGUGCAGGACAAGGCAGAACGCCUUAUGCUCAAGAACCACCCAGCCAAGCUAACUAUUGAGGCAUACAGAGCUGCCAUGCAGACACAGUGGAGCUGGAUUUUACAGCUCUGCUCAUGUGUAGAACAGCAUCUCAAGGAGAAUGCUGUUUAUUUUGAGUUUUUCAGUGAUGCCAAAGCAUCCAUAGACUACCUUAAGAGCCUGCAAGAUGCCAUUCAGAGGAAAUACAGCUGUGAUCGAACAAGCAGCCUACACAGACUGGAGGACCUCAUUCAGGAGUCCAUGGAUGAGAAAGAGCAGCUCCUUCAGUACCGCAGCACUGUAGCUGGUUUAGUGGGCAGAGCCAAAAACAUUGUGCAGCUCAGACCCAGGAAUCCUGAAAGCCCUGUGAGAUCUUCUAUCCCUGUAAAAGCCAUCUGUGAUUAUCGUCAAAUAGAGAUUACUAUUUAUAAGGACGACGAGUGUGUACUGGCCAAUAACUCUCACCGGGCCAAGUGGAAAGUCAUCAACCCAGGAGGGAAUGAAGCCAUGGUGCCCUCUGUUUGUUUCACUGUGCCUCCACCCAACAAAGAGGCUGUUGAUAUGGCAGCAAGAACUGAACAAUUAUACCAGAAUGUCCUGGCACUGUGGCACCACUCCCACAUCAACAUGAAGAGUGUGGUGUCGUGGCAUUACCUAAUGGCUGAUAUACGAGCCAUCCGCAACUGGAAUGUGGCCUCAAUAAAGACCAUGUUGCCAGGUGAGCAUCAGCAGGUCUUGAGCAACCUGCAGUCCCACUUCGACGAGUUCCUGGAAGACAGUGAGGAGUCUGAGAUAUUCACAGUGGCAGACUGCGCCCAGUUAGAGAGAGACGUUGCGGCCUGCAAGGAAUACUACCAGGAACUGCUCAGAUCCGCAGAGAGAGAGGAACAUGAGGAGUCGGUGUACAAUAAUUACAUCUCUGAAAUACGCAACUUCCGCAUGCAUCUGGAGGCCCAUGAAGAACACCUGAUCAGGCAAAUCCGCACGCCACUGGAGAGGGACGACCUGGAGCAGAGCCUCCAGCGCAUCACAGAGCAUGAGAGGAAGACAGCAGAGCUGAAUAAAUUGAAGGAGGAUCUCGAUGUCAUGAAGGAGAAGUGUGAGCUGUUCCUCAGGCAGACUGCAGGCUCUCCAUCGGUAUCAACGCUUUCCUCUGAACUCACCGUCCUUGUUCAGAGCAUGAGCCAAGUGUACUCCAUGUCUUCCAUUUAUAUGGACAAACUGAAAACAGUGAGCUUAGUGGUGAAGCACAGCCAGAAUGCAGAGGCACUAGUUAAAGCCUAUGAAUCCAAACUAUAUGAGGAAGAUGCCAUGAACUCUGAUGUCAAGUCCAUUGAGACUGUUAUUUCAACACUUAAGCAAUGGCGGACAGAGAUUGAUGAGAGGCAGGAGGUGUUCCAUGACAUGGAGGAUGAGCUGCAGAAAGCACGAGUCAUCAGUGACCGUAUGUUUAAGGCCCACAACGAGCGUGACUUUGACCUAGACUGGCACAAGGAGAAAGCUGAUCAGCUUAGUGAAAGAUGGCAAAACAUUCAUGCCCAAAUUGAUAGCAGGCUUCGGGACCUGGAUGGCAUCAACAAAUCUCUGAAACACUACAGAGAGUCUUAUAGCAGUCUUGAUGAAUGGGUUACAGAAAUGGAAGCAGCACAGCUAAAAGCUCAAGAAAACAAACCUGAAGAUAGCAAGGCAUUGGCUGAGCUGCUGAAUAAACAGAAGGUCCUUGUUGCUGAAAUUGAGCAAAUACAGAGCAGAAUUGAUGAGUGUCAGAAGUACUCAGAGCAGUACUCAUCAGCCAUUAAGGAUUAUGAACUUCAGCUGAUGACCUUCAGAGCGAUGGUUGACUCCCAACACAAAUCACCUCUCAAGAAACGGAGGAUGCAGAGCUCUUCUGACUCCAUUCAGCAGGAGUUCAUGGAUCUCCGAACCCGCUACACUGCUCUUGUGACUCUCAUGACGCAGUAUGUGAAGUUUGCCAGUGAAACACUAAAGAGAACUGAAGACGAGGAGAGAUCUGUUGAUGAGGAGAAGAGAGAGCACGGUGAUAAAGUUAGCAAACUAUUGCACUGGAUGUCCAAUGUGAAACAGACCCUAAGCAAUGAUGGGAAUGCUCUGAAAGAUAGCAAUGCCAACACAGACGCCUCUAAUAAACCCCAGGUGUCAGUUGAGGAAAUGGUCACUAAGAAGGAACAAAUUGCAGAAGCACUGAGGGCCACACAAACAAUGCUGAACAAACACAUUGACAAAAUGACAGAAGAGGAAAGAGAGACAGCCCAGGAGCAGCUGAAAGCACUCAAUCAGGCAUACAAUGAACUCAGCCAACAGUGUUCAGAUCAGACAACCUCCGCAGAAGAGGAUUUUAAAUCGAGUGAUGGGAUUGGUGGGCUCAGGACUGGAACCACGAGUUGCCUGACUGAUCAGAUGACUUGGAUCACUCUCCUAGAGGUUCAGCCCACGACCUCCGAUGCUCUCAAACAAGAUUUUGUUCACAAAUCCACACUGGACUACUUGCCGGGGCUGAAUGAUGCAAAUAAGUGCAUACAGAGUUCUAAUGUCUCUUCAGUGUCCCUCUCUGACAUAGCAGCAGCUAGGGAAGGCCCCACGUGUGAAGAUCUGGUCAUCAAAACGAUAGAGGUCAAACAAGUCAGUGACGGAGUAAAGGUGGGUUACACAGGGGACACACUAACACUAGAGAGAGCAUUUCAGUGUGGUUUAAUACCUGCUUCUGUCUAUGUAAAGAUUCUACAGAGGCAAAAGACCUGUCAGGAUUUGAUAAAUCCUAGCAGUGCUGAAAAUGUAUCACUCUCAGAGCCUGAGAAGGAGUUUGGACCUUGUGAGGUCAAUAGACUGAUAUUGAAGAGCCUCAGCGGAAAUAAAUCACUGACACCAGGGAGGAAUAUUAACGCCCUGAGGUCUGUUUGUGAUGGUUUUAGUGAUCCGGAAACCAUGUCAAGAUUAGGUUCUCAGGUUGAUGUAGGAGACCCCACAGAGGGUAAAAAUGUUACUUCUGAGGCGUCAGAGGAUGUUGGGACCCUCCAAAAUAGUAACAGGCUAAAGGUGGAUGCAGCCAUUCAGUGUGAUCUGACGAGGUCUAGCAGCACACUCGUGGUGCUUGGAAAUCAGCAGCAGUUUAUGGGACUUGUGUUGCCUCACUCUGGGGAAACUCAGACCGUGUCCAUGUCAGUCCAGCAUCAUCAAGAAAUCACCACCAAUGAGUUCACCAGCGGACUGCUCAGUAAUCGGCAAAAAAUAGCAGCUUUUUACAUUCCAGAAAGUUCAGAGAUAGUAGACAUCACCUCUGCCACUCAGAAAGGUUUGAUUGACAAUUACACAGCAGGGAUUUUAAAAUCUAUAGAAAUCCCUGAUGUGUUUCCUGAUGUUGAUCAUCUUAAUGAAAAGUUCUCAUCUUGGCUCAUGUACAAAAAACUCACAGUUGAUGGAUGCUAUCAUGCUGCAGAUUGCAUAAAAGUUGACAACAUCCCCUCUCCCACAGAGGCAAGGCAGUUAUUCAUCUCCUACCUAAUGAUGAACAGUUACAUUGAUCCAGAGUCAGGACAGAGGGUCCUAAUACUCGACAGACAGCUGAGUAAAACAAUUAAAAUGUUCCUUGAGGAUUUGACAUUUUUUGAAAACACUGAGAAAAAUAGAAGUUCUCGAAGAAGAAGUUCGGAAAAGUUAGAUUUAGAUCUACCACUGCACAUUAAUGAGGAAACAGAAGAGUUAAUGAAGAACACAGAACACACAUUUGGCCCUCAUGAUUUUGUUUUGGCUGGCAAUGGACAAAUGACUUUUGAUGAAAACACACAACACACACUUGAACCUCCUGAUUUUGUUUCCUUGGCCGAUGGACACAUUACAUUUGAAGAGAACACACAACAUACACUUGAUCCUCAUGAUUUUGUUUCCUCUGACAAUGGACAAUGGACAAUGGCAUAUUUGCAUGACAAGGCUCUAAGACAAGAUCCUUUCAAGGAAUUAUCUGAUACCAUAGAGCCUGGUGUAGCAGAGAAAAUGAUGUUUCAAAGCAAUGCAAAUUGGACAAAUUCGGGUGAAUUUGCAGAGGAAAUACAUAGAAAUAGUUUACAAGUUGAUGUUGGAGGUGCUGUUAAUGAAGGUCUUGAUAUUUCAACUUCUCUAGAGAUGUCAGUCUCUCCCGCAUUGAGCUCUGUGAAAAGCACAAAUGUCAGCUCCCCAUCUGGGAUGUGCAUCCCUGAGACAUCAGUGAAAUCUAGCUAUCAGACAGUAUCACACUGUAAUGCUGAGUCACUGUGCAGUGAAUCAAGAGGUAUCGAUAUUAACCCAGCUGGGUUUUUAUGCUCUGAGGACUUGUUUGAGGGUGAAAAUGAGCGAGACUAUGCUGUUCAUCUUUUGAAAGUGCAAAUGGAUGAAGGGAGCAUUUUAGAUGUCACCUCAGGGCAACAUUAUGAUGUGGAGGCAGCUCUCAGUAAGGGCCUAGUUGAUGAGAUGACAGUCCUGAAAAUGCUUGACUUACAGUCAGAUGAAAAGGGGAGUGUUGUAGGAGAUGAGGAGGGCACAUUGUCUGUUCUAAAACAGGCACUGUCAGAUGGAUCCAUGUCCUCAAAUACUGCUCUUCCUACAGUGGAAAAGCAGAGCCUUUUAAGACACGAUUGCUCCACCAGCAUCACUGAGUCUUUGCAGUCUAGAUUAGAUACAGAUGCUGUUGAGAACCUUAACUUAGAUCCCAAAGCUGUCAUCUACCCAGACAAAAACUACAGCCAGUCCAUCUCGGCUGAUCAGAAACCGGAUAUAAUUAACAUGAAUGAAGCUGAAAACACUCAACAGCCGUCUGAAAGGGUGGUUGCUGUCAAGGUGUUUGUACUCACAGAUGAGGAGGGUGAUAAAGAAAACGAAAAUGAGUUAGAUUAUGUGACACCAGGAAAUGUAGAAGAGCUGAGUAAAUGUCUACAUAAUUCUCCUCCCUCAGUUAGCGGUCACGAGCCUCAGAUGAUCUCACCCUCCUCAUGGAGUCAAGUUACUACAGAGUGUAGUCAUCACACAGACGAACUGCCUUUACUGACUGAAGACACUGACUCACACGUCUUAAUCAAUAGCCAGCUGACAGAUAGAGCUGGUGUAUCCAGUGUUGUGAUAGAAGACACUGCUCCAACUUCCCAGUCACAUCUAUCCAGUCUGAGUGAGAGAACGUCCAACUGCAACACUGAUCCAGAAAGCCAGAUGUAUCACUCUUUUAAAUCUGUUAGUUCGUCCACUCGUAAUGAUUCUUUCAUCACUGGAUACAAUGCCCAAUUGGAUAAUCAGACAGCUAGUGAGGGUGACCUAGACGUGUCCUCAUCACAUCACAAUGUGUUGUCUGAGGAAAGUAGAAUGGAUAAUGACAGACAUGCUGUUCAGUCACCUUUGGACGAUGAGCCAACUCCAAGUAUAGAUUACUCAUCAUCUAGGGAUUCAGUUGAAAGUGCAAUUAUCUCAGUUUCCAGGGGUGAUUGUAACUACGACAAAAACAUUACAGAAGAUGGCAGCAGAAUCACAUUACCUCAGCAAGCAGUGCUUCAUUCAGAAAGUGAUUUUAGUGUUGAAUCUGAGCCCAGAUGCUCUCAAAAUGGUCAGAUAUCUCCACAACAAUUGCCUGCUGUUUCCAGUGAAAUCACUGCUUCAAAUACUAUCAAUCAUAAGAGCUGCAAUGUAGAAAAUUCAGAGCACUACACUCCAACAACCACUAGAGUUUCUCUUGAAACAGUACUAACUAAUAAAGAUGUGUUAGACUCAAAACACAGUGGUACAGAUGAUGCUGAGUUACACUCAGAGAGCGUUUCCCCAGAGAGGCAACAUGAGGACAUUUUCUGUCAUUCUGAGCAGAUCUCUGUGUCAGGAAAUGAUAAAGAAAAUGCACAUAUUGAUGGAACUGUCUAUUGUUCAAAUCCACCUUCUGCAUCAUCAGACAUCAACUCAGGACAGUCUGAAACUAGAAUGAGUGCAGGGUUAGAAUCUGAUAUUCUGCCAGACAGAAAUAGAUCAGAUGUGUAUGCUUGUGAAAACCCACAAGUAGUUACUGAUUUCCUGUCAGACUGCAACAUUACAUCCGAUGUUGCCUCUUCAGCUCCAUCAGUGUUUUCUAAUGCUGUAAGGACACAUAAUGAUGACCAGGAAGAAAUGAUUACAAAGGGAGCUAAUGUUAGUGAUUUGCCAAAGUCACAAACUCAGGACAUUGAAAGCACGAUCGCAGUUGUUCAGAAUACUCCUCCACCUUUAGAUGAAGGUGAUAUUCAUGAUAGAGACAGACAUCGUGGACUUAUAGAGAGCAGUCACCCAGAUCUUCUCAUGGAUUUGCUGAAGCAAAACGCCCUCUGUUUGAACAACAAAGAACAAGGAAACGCAGAAUUGAUACUGCAGGAAGAGGAAGUUCACCAGAAGACAGAACAGGCGGACUCACCAAACAUCCAGUUGCAGCUCCUACAGGUUCUUAAGACUGUAUCCUCAAGCCAAGACCUUUCAAUGCUUCAGGAGGUGAUGGACACUCUCAACAGCGCUCUGGGGGGUGACUCCCAGGAGGACCGGCGGCACACACUGGAGAGCAUCAAGGAGGAGAGCUCAGAGGGAGAGGAUGAGGAGUCAGCCGAAGGUGAUUUGGGUCACAGACCGUCUCCUCAGUCAUCUGCCAACUCAGACGCCUGCAAAGUUGAGGAGGUCAAAAAUAAGCUGUUCUCCAUCCAGGAUUAUUUGGAGUGUGUUGGGAGACUGCAGGAUCAUGCUGAUGUUUUAUAUGAUGUCAGAAAAGACCUUUUAAUGCAGGCACCCAUGGGCAACAGCAUGGAAGAAUUGCAGAUCCAAAUAGAAGAAUGUCAGUCUCUGGAGUCCCAACUUUCUAGACUGGCUGGUGCUCUGACAGUAGAUAUGGAGAAAGCCAAACGACUUUUAAGUUCCGCUGAUGACGACAUUCCCAUACAAAUCCGCCAAGAUUUGGCCUCGACGUAUCUGGAAUUACAGCCAGAUUUUAUUGCUGUUUCCCAACUGUGUGCAGAAAAGAGUCACUCACUAAAUCAGGCAAUGGAAACAGGAAAGGUACAUUUGGAAUCCGCGUACCAGAAACAUCUUAGUGAUCUUAACGAAUUAGUGGGCCUCAUUCAAAGUGACCCUGAGAUGCAGGGCGUGGAUUUGAACACAUGUGAUGUGGACACACUGAAACAUUUGAUUCAGCAGAACAAGGACACAGAGAGCAAUGUGCUAAAGGAAGCCAAGCUCAAGUUGGAGGACGUUACAUUUGAUGUCCAGUGCUUUAUUUCUGAGCACGCUCAGUUCCUGAGUCCAGCUCAGAGCAGCUACCUCCUCAAGUUCCUCAGCAGUACUCAGAGAGCUUUCAGGGACCAGACAGAGAGACUUGUUACACAGAGGAGCACCUUAGAUGUCUUGCUGGGCACCAGAGAGAGGGAAAACCAGGAGAAGUCUUUACUGGAGAGACACAAGGAGUUCACAGAAAAACUGGAGGAAGUGUGUGAUAAUCUCACCUUGACAGAGAACCGCCUGAUUGGUCAUCAGCAACAGGCCGACAAUGCUGAGUGUGUCACAGAUCUGCAGCAGUACCAGCAAGAACAUCAGGCUCUGCAAAAAGACGUAUUGACAAAUGCCAGUGCCUUGAAUGAGGUCAUCACCAGUACUAAAAAGUUUCUGGAGGAAAACCGAAACAAGUUGACGCCAGAUCAAAUCACCGUCAUUGAGAGAAAGUUGGAAGAGGCUAAAAGCAAAGCCAAGCUCAUCAACCAGCGGGCUGAGGAGUCUAGGAAAGAUUUGGAGAAGGUUGUUACCACAGCCAUAAAACAGGAGAGUGAAAAGGCAGCAGCUGUUGAGCAGCUUGAAGAAAGUAAGAACAAAAUCGAAGGCCUUCUAGACUGGAUAGCCAACAUAGGCAAUGAAAAUGAAAAUGAGAGCGGCCUGGAUCAAACUGACCAUACAAGUCAAGAAAAUGGAAACCUGCCAGAGGAAACCUCAGCCAAGGGACUGAUAGGAGAGGAUGACGAUGCUAAUGGAAACGCUCUGCAGACUAUGGAGAAUGAUUUUGGCAGAGAGACCAGCGGCAAGAACAAUGCCUCCCUUGACCUCGAUAAGCAGUAUGACAGGGUCAAGGCUCGUCAUCAAGAGAUUCUGUCCCAGCAGCAGGAUCUGAUCAUGGCCACCCAGUCAGCUCAGGCUCUGCUGGACAAACAAGCCAACGUGCUGUCCCCAGAGGAGAAGGAGAAACUCCAGAAGAACAUCAAGGAACUGAAGGGGCGCUACGAGGCCUCGCUGACGCAGGCUGAACAGCAGAUGAAGCAGGUCCAGUGUGUCCAGGAGGAGCUGAAGAAGUUCCAGGACGACUGCGGGGAGUUUCAGGGCUGGUUAGACCAGGCGGAGAAAGAGAUGGAGGUUCUGGGCACUCCUGCAAGCUUCCUCAAUAUCCUCAGUGACAAACUCCAGCGACAGAAGAGCUUCUCAGAGGAUGUGAUUUCUCACAAAGGGGACCUUCGCUUCAUCACUAUGUCAGGUCAGAAAGUGCUGGACGUGGCUAAAGCCUGUGGGCUGGGUGACCCUGCUGCUAAGAAUGCUCUGCUGGACGUGGACACUUCUGGAACCUGUUCUGCUGUCAAGGACAAACUGGACUCGGCAGCAAGUCGAUACAAAGCGCUACAUUCACAGUGCAAUCAACUUGGCAACAACCUCAAAGAUGUGGUUGACAAAUACAAGAAGUAUGACGAUUCCAGCUCUGGUCUUUUGAAGUGGCUCAACAGUUCAGAGGAGGAGGCGAGAAAGCAGCAAUCGGAGUCCAUAGCAGCUGAUCCACAAACAUUACAGAAACAGCUGGAAGACACUAAGGUCUUACAAGGUCAGAUGACAGGACAUCAGACAGCUAUCGACACACUACGCAAAACAGCUGAGUCUUUGAUAUCAUCUGACGGAGACCUGCUGAGCAACCCAGAUGAGAUCCAGGAGACAGUAGAUGACAUAGUGGAGCGCUAUGACAACCUGUCAAAGUCUGUAAGUGAUCGAAAUGAGAAGCUGCAGAUCACUCUGACUCGAUCCAUGAGUGUCCAGGAUGGUCUGGAUGAGAUGAUGGGAUGGAUGGAGGGAGUAGAGGCCAGCGUGAAUGAGAAAGGACAAAUUCCCCUGGACUCUGCAUCUAUUGGAGAUAUUCUCAGCAAAGAAGCAGCAUUAGAGCAAGACAUAGCAAGUCGCCAGAGCAGCAUCUCAGCCAUGAAGGCCAAGGUGAAGAAGUUUGUGGAGACAGCAGAUCCCUCUGCUGCUGCGCUCCUGCAGACUAAGAUGGAUGCUCUCUCUCAGCGCUUCUCUGAUGCUUGUGACAAACACAAGCAAAAGGUUUCCCAACUGGAGCAGCUGAAAGACAAGGUAGAAGAGUUUGAGACGGUCGCAGAUAAAAUUCAGCAGUUUGUUGUAAAGCGCACACAAGAGCUACAUGAGACAGACGGGCCAGGGAAAACAUUUGAUGAACUGUCUCAGCUGAUGGAGGGUACUAAAGCUGAGAUGGCUGAACAUGCCAGUGAUCUGGAGACACUGCAGACUCUUUCCAAAGAGAUGUCUGAAAUAUCCCCCGAUGGAAACAAAGCCCAGAUCCAGGGCAAGAUGGACAAUCUGUUGAAUAUUUUUACCACCUUUAAAGACACUGUCAAAGAGAAAGAAGAAGAGGUAUCAUCCUGUCAGGACCAGCUGGGAGAGUUCAGAUCUGCAGCCACCGCACUCACUAAGUGGCUGGAGGAGACCAAUGAGAAAGUACCUGCAGUUCAGCCAAGCAGCAGUGAGAAAAGUCUGGAGAGGGACCUGCAGAUAGUCACGGGAUUAUUAGAUGAAUGGACAUCCAAAGGCCCUGCUGUCGAGGAUCUGAACAGUAAAGGAUCAGCUCUGUGUAGCCUCAUUACUUUUCUCACAUCCCCUGCCAAAACAAAGACUCCUAACAAGUCAGCUCUUACUAAUGGUGGUGGUCCAGCGAGCCAUUCCUACCUAACUAAUAAAGAGCUGAUGGUAAUUCAGCAGAACAUGUCAUUCGUCAAUGAGGGAUACGCGAGCCUCGGGGAAACACUAAAGAGUCGAGCCACUGGGCUGAGUAGCUUGGUGCAGGAGGUGAAAGAGGCUCAAAAGGAGACAGAGGACAUGAUGACAUGGCUGAAGGACAUGAAGAAGACUGCAGCAUCGUGGAACAAUGCAGCAACAGAGAAAGAUUCAGUCAAAACACAGCUUGAGCAGCAGAAGGCAUUUGAAGAUGACAUGAAGCAAAAGCAGGAGCAGCUCCAGAAGCUCAGAGAGAAGCUCCUCAAUUUGAUUGAGAUGAAUCCAAACUCCCCUGAGGCAGCAAAAUGGAAGCAGAUGCUGGCAAAAAUAGAUGCUGCUUGGGCAGAUAUCAGCGGCUCUGUAGAGGAGAGGAAGCAGCACCUGGAGCUGUCCAACAAGAAUCUGGACAUCUUCCAAACGACUGAGCUGCAACUUGGUCAGUGGCUUUCAGAGAAGGAGCUGAUGAUGAGUGUCCUCGGACCCCUUUCGAUAGACCCGAACAUGCUAAAAAUGCAGAAGCAGCAAGUUCAAAUCCUUCAAAAUGAAUUUAAGAGCCGUAAACCUCAAUAUGAGCAACUUGAGGAAGCUGCUUCAGCCAUCCUAAGCUCCUCAGACAACCAGGACCCCUCAAGCGGGAAGCUGGUGCGGGAGCAGCUUGCUGCUGUCACCCAGAAAUGGCAAGGCCUCACAGGGCAGCUGGACCAACGAGACAGCCUCAUCGACCAGGCUGUGGUGAAGACGGGGCAGUUCCAGGAGUUACUGAGGAGUCUCAGUCAGACUGCCACUCAGCUGGAGAAUCAGCUCACCAACCAUCAGGGCCACAGCACCCAGCCCGACGCUGUGAAGAAGCAGUUGGAGGACGUCCAGAACAUCUCAGGUCAGCUGAGGGAGGAGAGGAAGAAGCUGAAGGAGGCUGAGGCCAUCAACACAGAGCUCACAGCAAUGGUGACUGAGGACUAUCUGAAAGCAGACUUAGCCAGGCAGCUGGAGAGUGUCAGCAAGCCUUUCAAACAACUGGAAGAGAAAGCAGCAAAGCGGAUCGAACAGCUGAACUCAACCUUUGCCAGCUCUCAGCAGUUCCAUCAGACCUCCAAGGACUUCCAAUCAUGGCUUGGUGAGAAGCUUCAGGACCAGUCUAAGCCCCAGCCUAUCUCUGCCAAAGUGGACAUCCUGCAACAAACCCUGGAGGAGCACAGUAAACUCCAGAAGGCUCUCAGUGAGCACGAAGACGCUUAUAACACAAUCAUUGGGGAGGGGGAGAUGCUUCUGCAGAACACAGAUGGUGCAGAAAAGUUGGCACUACAAGGGCAGCUCACUACCCUCUCUACCAACUGGGAGGAGGUGAAGAAGAGCUCUGCAGAGCAGGCUGACAAACUCCAGACUGCUCUGCAGAGAUCUCUGAAGUAUCAGGAACAUGCAGAGAAGCUCAGCUCUUGGAUUCAGGAGUGUGAAGCUAGCGAGGGCAGAGUCAAACUCACUAUUGACCCUGUUGCUGUUGAGAGCUCCAUUUCUCAGGUUAAAGCUCUCCAGAAAGAUGUUGACAAGCACCGAGGGAUGGUGGAGCAGCUCAACACAGCUGCAGAUAGACUUCUUGAGGUGGCCAAUACAGACACUCAAGCUAUAAAAGAGGAGAAGGCUAGCAUUGGCAAAAGAGUGGACAAUGUAGUGGAGGGUCUGCAGAGCAAGAGGGAAUCCCUGGAGAAGAUCUCGCACACGGUUAAGGAGUUUAAUGAUACCUACAAAGAGGCAAAGGGUCAGCUUGAGGGAGCUAAGAAACAGGUGGAUGCCUAUGAAUCACAGGGCGUGCAAGGUCACAGUAAUAAGAACCUGACCAACAUGAAAGCCCAGCAUAAGAGUUUAGAGGGAGUGCAGAACCAUGUAGAGCAUAUGAAGAGCUUGGCCAAGGACCUUGUAGUAGAUGUCCCAGAUGCUGAUGGAGUGACAGACCUCUUACUGCAGGCUGACAGCAUAGAAAAAGACUACAGCUCCCUGAACAAGAAACUAGAGGAGACGUGCCAAGUCUUGGAGGGUAAACUGCAGGGUAUUGGACAGUUCCAAAAUAGCAUCCGUGAGAUGUUCACCCGUUUCACAGACCUGGAUGAUGAGCUGGACAGCAUGGCUCCGGUUGAUCUCGACUUGGCCACUCUUAAAAAACAGCAGGGCAGCAUCGAGAGCUUUGUGGCUAAGCUGCAAGAGCUGAUGGCUAACACAGCUAAUGCCGGAGACAGCUGUAAGAAGAUGCUAGAGACUGAAACCUCACCUGACCUGUUAGGCUUAAAGAGAGAUCUGGAUGCUCUGAGUAAGCAGUGUGGUAAACUGUUGGACAGAGCCAAAGGCCGAGAGGUGCAGGUGCAGAGUACUCUCACCAAGCUAGAGGAGCUGUACGGAAAGCUCCACCAAAUGGAAGACAAACUUUGCAGAGCCGUGGACAAGGAGGCAUCUCAGGAGGCGGUCGGCAUGGAGACAGAUGUCAUCAACCAACAGCUGGAGGCCUUUAAGGCUUUCCAGAAAGAGGACAUUGAUCCAUUGCAGACGCAGCUUCAAGACAUCAACUCCCUCGGCCAGGGUCUGAUCCAAAACGCUACCAAAGGCACCAGUACCAAGAAGCUUGAGGAUGACCUGGAGGGUGUCAACACAAAGUGGAAUACCCUCAAUAAAAAGAUUGCUGAACGUUCAGCCCAGCUGCACGAAGCCCUGUUGCAUUGUGGGAGGUUCCAGGAUGCUCUGGAGUCCCUGCUCAGCUGGUUGACUGAUACAGAGGAGCUCGUGACCAAUCAAAAACCUCCAUCUGCAGAGUUUAAAGUGGUCAAGGCACAGAUACAAGAGCAGAAACUCUUACAGAGACUGCUGGAUGACCGAAAGCCGACGGUGGAGCUGAUAAAAAAAGAGGGAGGGAAGGUCGCAGAACUGGCAGAGUCUGUGGAUAAGGAGAAGGUUGCAAAAGAGAUUGAAUGCCUGGGGCAGAGGUGGGAUGCUCUGCUCAAGAAGGCUGAAAACAGGCACAAGCAACUAGAGAGCAUCUUAGUGGUCACUCAGCAGUUCCACGAGACGCUGGAGCCCCUGAGCGAGUGGCUCGCCGCCACAGAGAAACACCUGGCCAACUCUGAACCAAUCGGCACUGAGACGUCUAAACUGGAAGAUCAGAUCUCUCAGCAUAAGGCCUUAGAGGAGGAGAUUAUGAAUCACAGUAAAGACCUGUUUCAGGCCGUCAGUCUGGGUCAGAUGCUCAAAACUGUGAGUUCAGUGGACGAUAAGGAGUUUGUUCAGUCCAAACUGGACGCCACCCAGGCCGGUUACAUUGAGCUCCAGGAGCGGUGCAGGAGGAAAGCCGAGAUGCUGCAGCAAGCUCUGGCAAAUGCCCAGCUGUUUGGAGAGGAUGAAGUGGCCCUCAUGAACUGGCUCAAUGAGGUGCACACGAGGCUGGGUGAGGUGUCUGUGGAGGACUACAAAAUCACUGUUCUUGAAAAGCAGCUGGCAGAACAACGGGCACUACAAAGUGAUAUUGAGUUGAGGAAGAAGAAUGUUGACCAAGCCAUCUCUAAUGGGAUGGAGCUACUAAAGCAAACAACAGGUGAUGAGGUGGUUGUUAUCCAAGGUAAACUGGAUGGUAUAAAAGCCAAAUAUGCUGAGAUCAACUCCCUGAGUGAUAACGUUUUGAAGACACUGGAGCGUGUUUUGAGUCUCUCAUCUAAGCUACAACAUACUCACGAGGACCUGAGCUCCUGGCUAGAGAAAGUAGAGGCUGAGAUCAGUGCUUUUGCUGAUCAGGAGCCAGUGGGUGAGCAGCUCAUUCAUGCACAAAGCAGGCAGAAGGCUUUGCUGAAGGAGACCAAAGACCAAAAACCUGUGAUGGACAAACUGAACGAGUUGAGCAGUUCUCUCCUGGAUCUGAUCCCCUGGCACACUCGUGAGGGUCUGGACAAGCUGGUGACAGAGAAUAAUGAGAGAUACAGAGCCGUCUGUGACACCAUCGCCCAACAGGUCGACCGGAUCAAUGCUGACAUACUCAAGUCACAGCAGUUCGAACAGGCUGUAGAUACUGAGCUCUCCUGGCUGACUGAAGCUGAGAAGAAGUUGCUGUCAAUGGACGAGAUCAGGCUGGAGCAAGACCAAAACACAACUCAGCUCCAGGCACAGAAGAUUUUCUCCAUGGACAUCAUGAGGCACAAAGAUGCUGUGGAUGAGAUUGUGAAAACAGGAAAGGCCAUCAUGAACAGCAAAAACCCAGAGGAGAAAGAAAUCUUGAAGGCUAAGACCCAGACUCUCUUGGAGAAGUACGGUAUUGUGAGUCAGCUGAACUCGGAGCGCUGUCUGCAGCUGGAGCGCGCCCACUCUCUGGCCAGUCAGUUCUGGGAGACCUAUGAAGAGAUGUGGCCGUGGCUUCAGGAGACCUUGACCACCUUCAGCCAGCUGCCCCCACCUGCCAUCGAGUAUGACACACUCAGGCAGCAGCAAGAGGAGCUCAGGCAAAUGAGAGAGCUGAUUGCUGAGCACAAGCCCCACAUUGACAAGAUGAAUAAGACCGGGCCUCAGUUACUUGAGCUCAGCCCAGUGGAGGGAGUGCCCAUCAGAGAGAAGUACACGGUUUCUGACCAACUUUACAGCAAACUGAAGGCCGAUGUCAAGCAGAGAGCUGCCACUCUGGAUGAGGCCAUCUCCAAAUCCACCCAGUUCCAUGAUAAAAUUGACCCCAUGCUUGAAUCCCUGGAACGGAUCGCUGAGCGUUUGCGACAGCCUCCGUCCAUCUCAGUGGAAGUGGACAAGAUCAAGGAGCAGAUCACUGAAAAUAAGUCAGUCUCUGUGGAUUUGGAGAAACUGCAGCCUUCAUAUGAAACACUGAGACAGCGAGGCGAGGAAAUGAUUGCCCGGUCUGAAGGGGCAGACAAGGACAUAUCUGCUAAAGCUGUACAAGACAAACUGGACCAGAUGGUGUUCCUGUGGAAUGACAUCCAGGCCUUGCUGGAGGAGCGGGAGGCAAAGCUGCUGGAUGUGAUGGACCUGGCAGACAAGUUCUGGUGUGACCACUGCGCUCUCAUCGUUACCAUCAAAGACAGCCAGGACCUGCUGAGGGAGCUGGAGGAGCCCGGAGUCGAUCCUUCAGUCGUCAAACAGCAGCAGGAGUUUGUGGAGGGAUUUAAGGAGGAGAUUGACGGGCUGCAGGAAGAGCUUGAUGUGGUUCAAAACCAGGGGGCAGAGCUUCUGACUGCCUGCGGAGAACCCGAUAAACCUGUGAUAAAGAAAAGUCUUGAUGAGGUGAAUUCAGCGUGGGAGAAUCUCAAUAAGACAUGGAAGGAGAGAGUAGAGAGACUGGAGGAAGCCAUGCAGGCUGCUGUGCAGUUUCAAGACGGCCUGCAGGGAAUGUUUGACUGGGUGGAUAUUCUGGAGAGCAAACUGGAUUCAAUGUCACCUGUUGGCACAGACCUGGAAACUGUAAAGCAGCAGAUUGUAGAACUCAAGGAGUUCAAAGGGGAGGCUUACCAGCUGCAGAUUGAGAUGGAGCGCCUGAACCACCAGGCAGGCCUCCUGCUGAAGAAGGUGACGGAGGAGGCCGAUCGCUGCGCCAUCCAGGAGCCGAUGUCUGAGCUCAAGAUGCUCUGGGACAACCUGGAUGAGAAGAUCAUCAGCCGACAGCACAAACUGGAGGGGGGCCUUCUGGCUCUGGGCCAGUUCCAGCACGCACUGGAUGAGCUUCUGGCCUGGAUGAGCCACACGGAGGAGCUGCUCAAUGAGCAGAGGAAGGCCGGAGGAGAUCCCAAAGCCAUCGAGAUAGAGCUCGCCAAGCACCAUGUUCUCCAGAUUGAUGUGUUGGCUCAUAAAUCAACAGUUGAGACAGUGAACAAAGCCGGUAAUGAUCUGGUAGAGUCCAGUGCUGGUGAGGAAGCCUCUGGUCUACAGACCAAACUGGAGAACCUGAACCAGCGGUGGAAAGCCAUCCAGGAGAAGACAGAGCAGAGGAAGCAACAACUGGAGAGUGCUCUGCUUCAGGCCCAAGGUUUCCAUGGUGAGAUAGAAGAUAUGCAGCAAUGGCUGAAAGACACAGAACGUCAGCUGUUGGCAUCAAAGGCUGUGGGAGGCUUACCAGACACGGCCCGGGAGCAGCUUAACGCCCAUCUGGAGUUGUGUUCUGCCUUGGAGGCGAAGGAGGAGCUGUAUCAGGAGCUGCUAAACAAGGGUCACCAGCUGCUCAUGAUGACGCCCGAGGGUCCCGACAGCAACACAGAGCAGGACCUUGCCAACCUGAAGGAGAAAUGGGAAGCCGUGCAGGGAAAGGUCGCUGAAAGAAAGGUGAAACUAGAAGAAGCCUUGACCCUGGCCACGGAUUUCCACAACUCUCUGCAGGACUUCAUCAACUGGCUGACCCAAGCGGAGCAGACGCUCAACAUGGUUUCCCCCGCCUCCCUCAUACUGGAGACCAUCAUGUUUCAGAUUGAUGAGCAUAAGAUGUUUGUGACAGAGGUGAACUCACACAGAGAGCACAUCAUUGAACUGGACAAGACAGGAACACAUUUGAAGUAUUUCAGCCAGAAACAGGAUGUGGUCCUGAUCAAGAACCUGCUGCUAAGCGUGCAAGGCCGCUGGGAGAAGCUGGUGCAGAGGUCUGUUGAGCGAGGUCGCCUGCUGGACGAUGCAAGGAAGAGGGCCAAACAGUUCCAUGAAUCUUGGAAUAAACUGAUGGAGUGGUUGGAUGAAUCUGAGAAGACUCUGGACUCCGAGGUGGAAAUUGCCAAUGAUCCAGACAAAAUUAAGAUGCAGCUGGCGCAGCACAAGGAGUUCCAGAAAGCUCUGGGGAGCAAACACUCAGUAUACGACACCACUGCUCGGACAGGGCGGUCGCUGAAAGACAAGACCUCCCUUCAGGAUGAUAAUCAGAAACUGGACGACAUGCUGAGUGAACUGAGAGACAAAUGGGACACUGUCUGCGGCAAGUCGGUAGAAAGACAAAACAAGCUGGAGGAGGCCCUCUUGUUCUCCGGCCAGUUUACAGAUGCUCUCCAGGCUCUUAUUGACUGGCUGUACAGAGUGGAACCUCAGCUGGCCGAGGACCAGCCUGUACAUGGAGACAUAGACCUGGUUCUCAACCUAAUAGACAACCACAAGGUUUUCCAGAAGGAGUUGGGAAAGAGGACAGUGAGCGUUCAGGCCCUCAAACGCUCAGCCAAGGAGCUGAUCGAGAGCAGUCACGACGACUCGUCCUGGGUCAAAGUCCAGAUGCAGGAGCUGAGCACCCGCUGGGAGACAGUGUGCAACCUCUCUGUGUCCAAACAGGCCCGGCUGGAGCAGGCCCUCUGUCAGGCAGAGGAGUUUCACUCUACUGUUCAUAUCCUGCUAGAGUGGCUGGCUGAGGCAGAGCAGAGUUUGCGUUUCCAUGGCAGCCUGCCUGAUGAUGAGGAGGCUCUGCGGGCGCUUAUCGAACAACACAAGGAGUUCAUGAAGAAACUGGAGGAAAAGCGAGUGGCUCUAAAUAAAGCAACCAGUAUGGGGGAGGCCAUUCUGAGCAUCUGCCAUCCAGACUCUAUCACAACCAUCAAACACUGGAACACCAUCAUUAAAGCCAGGUUUGAAGAGGUGCAGGCUUGGGCCCGGCAGCAUCAGCAGCGACUGGCCACGGCCCUCACUGAGCUGAUAGCCACUCAGGAGUUGCUGGAGAAUCUGCUGACAUGGCUACAGUGGGCUGAGACCAACCUCAAUGAUAAGGACAAAGAGCAGCUGCCGCAGGAGAUCGAAGAGGUCAAAAGCCUCAUAGCAGAACAUCAGGCGUUCAUGGAGGAAAUGACCAGGAAGCAACCAGAUGUUGACAAAAUCACCAAGACACACAAAAGGAAGGCUGCUGUGGAACCCCAAAUCCAGUCUCAGAUCCCUGUGCUUGACAAAGGAAGAGCUGGAAGAAAACGGUCUCCCACACAAACGAUGUAUGCGUCAGCAACACAAGCUCCCAUUGAAACCAAGAACCCCCGGGUCAACCUGCUGGUCACUAAGUGGCAGCACGUUUGGCUACUGGCUCUGGACAGGAGGAGGAAACUCAAUGAUGCCUUGGACAGACUGGAAGAGCUGAAGGAAUUUGCCAACUUUGACUUUGAUGUGUGGCGGAAGCGCUACAUGCGCUGGAUGAACCAUAAAAAGUCUCGUGUCAUGGACUUCUUCCGCCGCAUCGACAAAGAUCAAGAUGGCAAGGUGACCCGGCAAGAGUUCAUAGAGGGCAUUCUCUCCUCCAAAUUCCCUACCAGUCGUCUGGAGAUGAGCGCUGUGGCAGACAUAUUUGACAGAGACGGUGACGGCUACAUUGACUACUAUGAGUUUGUGGCAGCUCUUCAUCCCAACAAAGAUGCUUACAAACCACUAACAGAUGCAGACAAAAUUGAAGAUGAGGUUACACGUCAAGUGGCAAAAUGCAAAUGUCCAAAACGAUUCCAAGUGGAGCAAAUUGGUGCCAACAAAUACCGGUUCUACCUUGGAAACCAGUUUGGAGACUCUCAGCAGCUUCGUCUGGUACGCAUUUUACGCAGCACUGUGAUGGUGCGGGUGGGAGGAGGCUGGAUGGCUCUGGAUGAGUUCCUGGUGAAGAACGACCCCUGUCGAGCUAAAGGCAGGACCAACGUAGAGCUGCGAGAGAAGUUCAUCCUCCCAGAAGGCACCACUCAGGUGAUGGCGAGCUUCCGCUACCGAGGCCGGAGAUCUCGGCCGUCGUCCAGAGGGGCUUCUCCCAACAGAUCCACCUCCAGCCAGAGCUGUCCAGUCCCAGCACACCAAGCAGCGACCAGUACACCCAAGACUCCCCAACACAUUACCCGCAAUUAUGAUAAGCCCUGGCUUACAAACAGCAAACCCUCCACUCCUCUUAAAUCAUCAGACUCCUUUGGGAGCCAAGGUUCAUCCUCAGAGAGUACACCAGUCCAGGGCAGCAAAUUACGACUUCCUGGGUACUUGUCAGGCAAAGGAUUUCAGUCUGGUGAGGAGGGAACCUUGAUCAACGCUGCUGUACUGAAAGCUCGAGCACAGACAAUAGGUGACUCUAGAAAAAAUUCCAGCCGACCUGGAAGUAAAGCUGGAAGCAGAGGGAGCAGUCGCAGAGGAAGUGACGCCUCUGACUUCGACAUCUCGGACAUCCAGUCGGUGUGCUCAGAUGUGUCUGAGACAGUUGGUGAGUCCACCAGAGCGACACCACGCUCUGCAUCCCGCCAACGUGGAGGAAAGCCCUCCAAGAUCCCCACUCCGCAAAGAAGAACCACUCCCACAAGCAAACUGGCCAAGGGAUCCAAGCGAUAGUCAGUGGCCUUGAAAACAAACAACCCAGGAGCUAGUUGCACCCUAAACACAUAACGGACACUGGAGAUAUCUAACUUAAAAGACUGCAAAUGUGUUGAGUGUUAUUUAAAUUGUUGCGAAGAUGUAAAAUAUUCUGUUGAGAGGCAAUAUGGUUUAAUUUUACGUGAGAAUGGAAUGUUAAUGGCCUUGUGUAUUUGUUUUUAUUGUAUUUUAUUUUUUGUGAAAAAAUGUCAAAUUGUUUUUAUUGUAUUUUAUUUUAUUGAUGCAAAACCUGUAGAGGUUCGAUGAACACUAGAAAACCUGGGAACGACUACAUUGUACGGUUAGCUAACAUUUCUACACACUAAUGAAGGGCAACACGCAGCAUAGCACUCUGAGAGUUACUGAAUGUACUUUAAUUUAUGUUUGCUGAUGUUUGGAGUAGAUGGUGCAUUAUGGUACCAUUUGAGGCAUUGCAAUUAUCUAUUUAAGUGCUAUGAUAUACUGCCAACAUGCAUUUAAAGGGCAAUGCAAUAUACUACAAUAAACCCCUGUACGCACUGCAGAAACCUUUGAAAACACUAUUUAAGACAAGUAGCAGAAACCUCGUAAUCAUGAAGCUUUCAAGUCCUGUUUGUUUGUCAGCAGCUGCAGCCCCUGUUUUGUUUCACCACUUCACAGCAGUGUGCGCAUUGACCUUAACGAGGUGCCACUCUAUGUAGACAUUGUCGUGUGCAUCCAUGUCAAUGUAUUGUUAAUUUCGGUAGAGCUGAAAUUGUUACUGUAACAUUACUUUGUAAUAAACCUGCUUGCAGAAAGCCACCAGAAACUGGUGUGAACCACA